AUGGACCCAUCAACAACUACCACCACUGGAACCAGUCAACAAAUACCUACCCUCAAUAGUUCGAGUAGUUCCAGUGGAUCCAUCAGUGUAUCAAGUCCAACCUUUACUACAACAACUGCAACACCAACAACUACUACUGGAUUGUCUAUGACGACAACAACACCUACUCCCACCACCUCAUCAACUGCAACAACAGGUACAACAACAACUGCGACACCAACCUCAAGUGUAACACCAACUACCACCACUGGACCAUCAACAACUACCACUACUGGACCAUCAACAACUACUACCACUGGACCAUCAACAACUACCAGCAAUAUAACUACCACUACUGGACCAUCAACAACUACCACCACUGGACCAUCAACAACUACCACCACUGGACCAUCAACAACUACCAGCAAUAUAACGACCACUACUGGACCAUCAACAACUACCACCACUGGACCAUCAACAACUAACAGUAAUAUAACUACCACUACUGGACCAUCAACAACUACCACCACUGUACCAUCAACAACUACCACUACUGGACCAUCAACAACUACCACCACUGGACCAUCAACAACUACCAGCAAUAUAACUACCACCACUGGACCAUCAACAACUACCACCACUGGACCAUCAACAACUACCACUACUGGACCAUCUACAACUACCACCACUGGACCAUCAACAACUACCAGUAAUAUAACAUUAACUACAACAACAGUUACACCCACCACUACAACUACUACCACUGGUACUCCAACAACAACUACAACCACUACUACUCAACCAUUGAGUAGUUCCUUCAGUAGCAGCAGUCUAGGUUCGAGUAGUUCCAGUGGAUCCAUCAGUGUAUCAAGUCCAACCUUUACUACAACAACUGCAACACCAACAACUACUACUGGAUUGUCUAUGACGACAACAACACCUACUCCCACCACCACAUCAACUGCAACAACAGGUACAACAACAACUGGGACACCAACCACAAGUGUAACACCAACUACCACCACUGGACCAUCAACAACUACCACCACUGGACCAUCAACAACUACUACCACUGGACCAUCAACAACUAGCACUACUGGACCAUCAACAACUACCACCACUGGACCAUCAACAACUACAACUACUGGACCAUCAACAACUACUACCACUGGACCAUCAACAACUACCAGCAAUAUAACUACCACUACUGGACCAUCAACAACUACCACCACUGGACCAUCGAACAACUACCAGCAAUAUAACUACCACUACUGGACCAUCAACAACCACCACCACUGGACCAUCAACAACUACCAGCAAUAUAACUACCACCACUGGACCAUCAACAACUACCACUACUGGACCAUCAACAACUACCACUACUGGACCAUCAACAACUACCACCACUGGACCAUCAACAGCUACCACCACUGGACCAUCAACAACUACCACUACUGGACCAUCAACAACUACCACCACAGGACCAUCAACAACUACUAUUACACCCACCACUACAACUACUACCACUGGUACUCCAACAACAACUCAACCAACAAUACUACUCAACCAUUGAGUAGUUCCUUCAGUAGCAGCAGUCUAGGUUCGAGUAGUUCCAGUGGAUCCAUCAGUGUAUCAAGUCCAACCUUUACUACAACAACUGCAACACCAACAACUACUACUGGAUUGUCUAUGACGACAACAACACCUACUCCCACCACCACAUCAACUGCAACAACAGAUACAACAACAACAGCGACACCAACCUCAAGUGUAACACCAACUACCACUACUGGACCAUCAACAAUUACCACUACUGGACCAUCAACAACUACCACCACUGGACCAUCAACAACUACUACAACUGGACCAUCAACAACUACCAACACUGGACCAUCAACAACUACCAGCAAUAUAACUACCACCACUGGACCAUCAACAACUACCACUACUGGACCAUCAACAACUACAACUACAGGACCAUCAACAACUACCACCACUGGACCAUCAACAACUACCAGCAAUAUAACUACCACUACAGGACCAUCAACAACUACCAGCAAUAUAACUAUCACUACUGGACCAUCAACAACUACCACAACUGGACCAUCAACAACUACCAGUAAUAUAACAUUAACUUCAACAACAAUUACACCCACCACUACAGCUACUACCACUGGUACUCCAACAACAACUAUAACAACUACUACUCAACCAUUGAGUAGUUCCUUCAGUAGCAGCAGUCUAGGUUCGAGUAGUUCCAGUGGAUCCAUCAGUGUAUCAAGUCCAACCUUUACUACAACAACUGCAACACCAACAACUACUACUGGAUUGUCUAUGACGACAACAACGCCUACUCCCACCACCUCAUCAACUGCAACAACAGGUACUUCUAAUACAACAGCAACAACACCUACAAGUACAUCAACAACAACAGCUGCGACACCAACCACAAGUGUAACACCUUCUACCACCACUGGACCAUCAACAACUACCACUACUGGACUGUCAACAACUACCACCACUGGACCAUCAACAACUACCAGCAAUAUAACUACCACUACUGGACCAUCGACAACUACUACCACUGGACUGUCAACAACUACCACCACUGGACCAUCAACAACUACCAGCAAUAUAACUACCACUACUGGACCAUCGACAACUACCACCACUGGACCAUCAACAACUACCACUACUGGACCAUCAACAACUACCAGCAAUAUAACUACCACUACUGGACCAUCAACAACUACCAGCAAUAUAACUACCACUACUGGACCAUCAACAACUACCAGCAAUAUAACUACCACUACUGGACCAUCGACAACUACCACCACUGGACCAUCAACAACUACCAGCAAUAUAACUACCACUACUGGACCAUCAACAACUACCUCCACUGGACCAUCAACAACUACCACUACUGGACCAUCAACAACUACCACCACUGGACCCUCAACAACUACCACUACUGGACCAUCAACAACUACCACCACUGGACCAUCAACAACUACCAGCAAUAUAACUACCACUACUGGACCAUCAACAACUACCACCACUGGACCAUCAACAACUACCAGUAAUAUAACAUUAACUACAACAACAGUUACUCCCACCACUACAACUACUACCACUGGUACUCCAACAACAACUACAACCACUACUACUCAACCAUUGAGUAGUUCCUUCAGUAGCAGCAGUCUAGGUUCGAGUAGUUCCAGUGGAUCCAUCAGUGUAUCAAGUCCAACCUUUACUACAAAACAACUGGCAAACACCAAAACAACUACUACUGGAUUAUCUGUGACGACAACAACACCUACUCCCACCACCUCAUCAACUGCAACAACAGGUACAACCAACAACUGCGACAUCCAACCACAAGGUGUAACACCGAACUACCACCACUUUACACCCACCACUACAACUACUACCACUGGUACUCCAACAACAACUACAACCACUACUACUCAACCAUUGAGUAGUUCCUUCAGUAGCAGCAGUCUAGGUUCGAGUAGUUCCAGUGGAUCCAUCAGUGUAUCAAGUCCAACCUUUACUACAACAACUGCAACACCAACAACUACUACUGGAUUGUCUGUGACGACAACAACACCUACUCCCACCACCAUCAUCAACGGCAACAACAGUGUAACACCAACUACCACCACUGGACCAUCAACAACUACCACUACUGGACCAUCAACAACUACCACUACUGGACCAUCAACAACUACCAGCAAUAUAACUACCACUACUGGACCAUCAACAACUACCAGCAAUAUAACUACCACUACUGGACCAUCAACAACUACCACCACCGGACCAUCAACAACUACCAGCAAUAUAACUACCACUACUGGACCAUCAACCACAAGUGUAACACCAACUAUCACCACUGGACCAUCAACAACUACCACUACUGGACCAUCAACAACUACCACCACAGGACCAUCAACAACUACCAGCAAUAUAACUACCACUACUGGACCAUCAACAACUACCACCACAGGACCAUCAACAACUACCAGCAAUAUAACUUCCACUACUGGACCAUCAACUACUACCACAACUGGACCAUCAACAACUACCAGUAAUAUAACAUUAACUACAACAACAGUUACACCCACCACUACAACUACAACCACUGGUACUCCAACAACAACUACAACCACUACUACUCAACCAUUGAGUAGUUCCUUCAGUAGCAGCAGUCUAGGUUCGAGUAGUUCCAGUGGAUCCAUCAGUGUAUCAAGUCCAACCUUUACUACAACAACUGCAACACCAACAACUACUACUGGAUUGUCUAUGACGACAACAACACCUACUCCCACCACCUCAUCAACUGCAACAACAGGUACAACAACAACUGCGACACCAACCACAAGUGUAACACCAACUACCACCACUGGACCAUCAACAACUACCACCACUGGACCAUCAACAACUACCACUACUGGACCAUCAACAACUACCACCACUGGACCAUCAACAACUACUACCACUGGACCAUCAACAACUACCAGCAAUAUAACUACCACUACUGGACCAUCAACAACUACCUCCACUGGACCAUCAACAACUACAGCUACUGGACCAUCAACAACUACCACCACUGGACCAUCAACAACUACCACUACUGGACCAUCAAUAACUACCACCACUGGACCAUCAACAACUACCUAUAAACAAUAUACACCUAACUACUACUGGACCAUCAACACUAUACUACUGGACCUAACAACUACCAGUAAUAUAACAUUAACUACAACAACAGUUACUCCCACCACUACAACUACUACCACUGGUACUCCAACAACAACUACAACCACUACUACUCAACCAUUGAGUAGUUCCUUCAGUAGCAGCAGUCUAGGUUCGAGUAGUUCCAGUGGAUCCAUCAGUGUAUCCAGUCCAACCUUUACUACAACAACUGCAACACCAACAACUACUACUGGAUUGUCUAUGACGACAACAACACCUACUCCCACCACCACAUCAACUGCAACAACAGGUACAACAACAACUGCGACACCAACCACAAGUGUAACACCAACUACAACCACUGGACCAUCAACAACUACCACCACUGGACCAUCAACAACUACCACUACUGGACCAUCAACAACUACUACCACUGGACCAUCAACAACUACCAGCAAUAUAACUACCACUACUGGACCAUCAACAACUACCACCACUGGACCAUCAACAACUACCAGCAAUAUAACUACCACUACUGGACCAUCAACAACUACCAGCAAUAUAACUACCACUACUGGACCAUCAACCACAAGUGUAACACCAUCUACCACUACUGGACCAUCAACAACUACCACUACUGGACCAUCAACAACUACCAGCAAUAUAACUACCACUACUGGACCUUCAACAACUACCACAACUGGACCAUCAACAACUACCAGUAAUAUAACAUUAACUACAACAACAGUUACUCCCACCACUACAACUACUACCACUGGUACUCCAACAACAACUACAACCACUACCACUCAACCAUUGAGUAGUUCCUUCAGUAGCAGCAGUCUAGGUUAG